UUCGAAGUCUUGGUUUUUUUCAGUUGAGACUCAUUUUGUGAUGGAGGCAGUGUUGAAGUCUCCCUGUGACGAACAGCACCCUCAGCAGGCUGAAGACUUCCACGGGAAUCUUGAGCAGAACAGCAAACUUUCAGCAGGAGUAAAAAAAGAUAUUGAAAAACUUUAUGAAGCAGUGCCACAGCUUGUAAAUGUGUUCAAAAUAAAGGAAAAAAUCGGAGAAGGUACUUUUAGUUCUGUUUACUUGGCCACAGCACAGCUGCAAACAGGAUAUGAGGAAAAAAUGGCUCUGAAACACUUGAUUCCAACCAGCCACCCUCUGCGAAUAGCUGCUGAACUUCAGUGCCUCACAGUGGCAGGGGGACAAGAUAAUGUUAUGGGAGUUAAAUACUGCUUUAGGAAAAAUGAUCACGUUGUUAUUGUUAUGCCAUAUCUGGAGCAUGAAUCCUUCUUGGACAUUUUGAAUUCCCUUUCCUUUGAAGAAGUGAGGGAGUACAUGUUUAAUCUGUUUAAAGCGCUGAGGCGCAUUCAUCACUUUGGUAUUGUUCACCGUGACGUCAAGCCCAGCAACUUCCUCUACAACAGGCAGCUAAAAAAGUAUGCCUUGGUAGAUUUUGGCUUGGCACAAGGAACCCCUGAUACCAAAAUUGAGCUUCUUAAAACUGCACACUCUGAAGACCAGCAGGGAAGUUGCUUGCAAACGAAUCCCAUUGUAGCCCUGGGAAAUGGGGUUUCUGUCAGUGUCACAGCACCUAAACAGAUAGCUCAACAGUCAGCCUCAAAAGCAGCUGAUAGAAGGUCCAGCUCGCUUUCAAAAGUACAGAUGAAACAAGGAAGAGGAGGAAAGGAGGACUCUGUGCACCACUCUGUCCAGCGCUCUGUCUUCGGAGAGAGGAAUUUCAAUGUCUAUAGCUCCACAUACCAGGAGAGCUCAAGCACAAAACUCAUAAAACAAUCCAAAGUGAUAGAUGUUUCAUCUAGGAAGUUAGUAACAAAGAAGAAGAUUAUUUCUACCAAAACUGUGAGCAAUGGGGCAGCCAGGAAAGCUGCCAGUGGUUGCCCUUUAAACCUGCUCUGUGGCUGUUAUGCAACGGAUAGAGUUUGCAGUAUUUGCCUUUCAAGGCGUCAGCAAGUGGCUCCCAGGGCAGGAACACCUGGGUUCAGAGCACCAGAAGUAUUAACAAAGUGCCCCACUCAGACCACAGCAAUAGACAUGUGGUCUGCAGGAAUCAUAUUCCUUUCUCUACUCAGUGGACGGUAUCCAUUUUUCAAAGCAAGUGAUGAUUUAACUGCUUUGGCACAAAUCAUGACAGUUCGUGGGUCCAGAGAAACCAUUCAGGCUGCGAGAACUUUUGGAAAAUCAGUUGUGUGUACCCAAGUUGUCCCAGCUCAAAACCUACGAACCCUCUGUGAAAAGCUGAGAGGAACAAAUAGCAGCUGUAAGAGACCUCAGGGGGAAGGGCCCAGCAUGUCUGAAAACAGCACAGCGUUGCCAGUUGCAGCAGACAAGCCCCGUGCUCCUGAGACACUCGGAAAACAAGCUCAACACUUAGAGAGUUUUCAGGAAGGUGACGGUGCUUCGGAAAUGAAGGCAACUGACAUGAAAGGAUGGGAUCAGGUUCCUGAUGAAGCAUAUGACCUACUUGAUAAGCUACUAGACUUAAACCCUGCAACAAGAAUAACUGCAAAAGAGGCUUUGCUGCAUCCUUUUUUUAAAGAUGUAAGGCUCUGAGAAGAUAACUUACUGUUAUUCCUUUGACAUGUUUUGUGUGGAAAUUGAAUACUUAGGCAGUUUUACCUUGUUGCCCUCAAUAUUUACACUUACUGAAAUAACAUCACACUGUGCUCUGAACUACUGAAAUUUUGUCUUGUACAGUUAGACUGCAAGUGUCAGUUUAAGAAAUACUUGCAGAUGCAAAAGUUACAUAAACAUCACUAACAUGAUCUUAUCCUAGGAGGAUUAUUAACUUCCAAGAGGUUAUUGCUGUGCAUACCUGUUCUCUAAGAAAGUUAACUUUGAUCAAAGACAGCAAAGAAAAGGGAGUUUCAUAAGCUCUAUGCUUAAUUCUCGAGAUAUUCCCUUAAAAUUUACAAGUUUGCCUCAAGGUAAGACUGAAAUAAAGUGUUUGAGAGACUUUUCUGUACUUACGUCUCUCUGCUUUGUUCUUGUUUAGUACAUGGGGGACUGAAAAUGAAACAAAGUGUAUUCAUUUUGUUAGGACUAUUUUCAGAGAACAAUACUACUUUGGGAGUGGUGCUAGAGGAAAGGCCAGGUGCUUGAGCUUAUAUCAUCAAAAGAAAAACAGAACUUUUAAAAGCACAAUUUUGUUCCUAUCUGGCCGUAGGCAAUAGUAAUAAAUGCAGUCACUCAUUUUGCAUAGCCCAUGUUUCCUCAGUGCCAUGGGUAACUGUCAAUAUUCCACAGCUGCUGCCUUCAGGAUGUCUUGGGUGCAAGGCAUAGGUUUAAUUUCUGUUAUGGAAACUUGAU